ACUCAGUGGGCAGGCCCGAAAGCCGGACCGGUGCGGCAGGGUGAGUCCCAGAGCUGGAGGCGGGUCUCACUGUGCAUAUUUGCAGGCCAGCUGGUUCCAGACCUGGUUGGUAUAGGCCUGAGGCGCUCAGCUUCUCAGUUCUGGUAGCUCUGGCGGAGUCUGCGCGAUGGGCGACCGGGAAGGGCCGGAAGCGGCCAGGCCUGAGGAGGAUGAGCAGGUGCAGGCCGGAAGCGCGGUCGUCGCAGGCUAGAGUCGCAGCGAGCCCAGGAAGCGCAGAGCGAGCAUUGACGCUCCGCUGCCCGGCCUCGGGCCGGCCUAGGACAGAGCUCUGAGGUUCAGAUCCCGGAAAGCCGCACCGCCUGCUUUACCCAACCCGAGCUCUCCACUCUCCUUGUUCUGGAGCCCUGGCGAGUGAGAUCCAGACCAGGAAGGAGGGCUGCGACGGAUCUGCUGGAGAGAUGCAUUUCAUCUCUGAGCAGUUAAAAAGAGUGGGGGAGCGCGUGUGGAAAUUGACACAGGUGGAGAGGGGACGAGAAAGCAUCACAGCAACCGAGAAAAUUAGGAGGCAGUUUUGCUCGGACCGAAUUACUUAACUGAGUCUCCGGGAUGUGGGUUUCUUCAAUUAAAUAGUGGAAGUGAUACUUCUCAAAGAAUAAAGCAAAGCGUUUCAUGCAAAGUGCCACGAAAGUUCAGUUGUCUUCUGAUACAAAGGAAAAUGAAGUGAGGUUGAGUGAAGAGCCACUCCUAAGAAAGAGUUCCCGCCGGUUUGUUAUUUUUCCAAUCCAGUACCCUGAUAUUUGGAAAAUGUAUAAACAAGCACAGGCGUCUUUCUGGACAGCAGAAGAGGUUGACUUAUCAAAGGAUCUCCCUCACUGGAACAAGCUUAAAUCAGAUGAGAAGUAUUUUAUCUCCCACAUCUUAGCCUUUUUUGCAGCCAGUGAUGGAAUUGUAAAUGAAAAUUUGGUGGAGCGCUUUAGUCAGGAGGUGCAGGUUCCAGAGGCUCGCUGUUUCUAUGGCUUUCAAAUUCUCAUCGAGAAUGUUCACUCAGAGAUGUACAGUUUACUAAUAGACACUUACAUCAGAGAUCCCAAGAAAAGGGAAUUUUUAUUUAAUGCAAUUGAAACAAUGCCAUAUGUUAAGAAAAAGGCAGAUUGGGCCCUGCGAUGGAUAGCAGACAGAAAGUCUACUUUUGGGGAAAGAGUGGUGGCCUUUGCUGCUGUAGAAGGAAUUUUCUUUUCCGGAUCAUUUGCUGCUAUAUUUUGGCUAAAGAAAAGAGGUCUCAUGCCUGGACUCACUUUUUCAAAUGAACUGAUCAGCAGAGAUGAAGGACUUCACUGUGACUUUGCUUGCUUGAUGUUUCAAUACUUAGUAAAUAAACCUUCAGAAGAAAGGGUCAAAGAGAUCAUUGUUGAUGCUGUCAGCAUUGAGCAAGAGUUUUUAACAGAAGCCUUGCCAGUUGGCCUCAUUGGAAUGAACUGUGUUUUAAUGAAACAGUAUAUUGAGUUUGUAGCUGACAGAUUACUUGUAGAGCUUGGAUUCUCAAAGGUUUUUCAGGCAGACAAUCCUUUUGAUUUUAUGGAAAACAUUUCUUUAGAAGGGAAAACAAAUUUUUUUGAGAAACGAGUUUCAGAGUAUCAGCGUUUUGCAGUGAUGGCGGAAACCACAGAUAACAUCUUCACCUUGGAUGCAGAUUUUUAAAGCCUCCCCCCUAAAAAAAACCUAAAAACUUAUCAUUGGUAAAUAGCAGUCUAUUUUUCUCUGCCUUUUUAAAACUUCAAAUAUCUCCUUUAAGUGAACAGGAAUUUGAAUGUAAGGAAAUCUAAAACCAAAUUUUAAGCAAGUUGGAUUUAUCUAAACACACUGUAAUUUUCCUUUACAACAAAAGUGUGACCUAAAUACUCCCCUUUUUUAAUCACUCUCAUCUAAGAUAGCAUUAGAUCAUAGAUUGAAGACAGGUAUGAGUUUGACAUUCUGCCCUUACAUCCUUUGUGUGAUCCUUGGCAAGUCAGUUAAUCACUGUAAACUCCAACACAUUUGUCUUUAAAAUGGGUAUAAUAAGUCCCAAGUUCAUAGAGGUGACAGAAGGAUUAAUAUAUAAAAGUAAGUGCUUAACCAAUUCUUCUACCUCUACUACCUCUACUGCUUCUUAAUAUCAUUGAUAAGAUUUAUUGCAGUGACAUUGUGAUACAAUACACUCCUCAAAGUGAUUGGGAUUCUGGGUUGUAAGAUCUACAAUUAGAUUCUUGUAUUUUUAAUGUGUAUGAGAAGAAUAUAAGGAUUUCCUUAUAUCAUAAUUCUCAUCAACUUCUUUGAGUUUUUCAGUAUGUAGUAAAGACAUUAUAGCUCUCAGUUGCUUGAGGUGGGAGCCUUGUGGGGUAGAAUCCAGAGAGUUAUUAUGGUAGUUGACCUUGCAAGAAAAGUUAUUCUUCAGGAAUUAAAAGGGCAACUAUUGCCAGAUAUAGCCUUGGAAUGUUUAGAACUAGGAUAGACUGGCAUUUCUCAAAAUAACGUUGUUAGAUCUGGUGGACCCUCCAGAAUUUUUGUGCUGGAAAAGGAGAUUUAGUGAUCAGAUGAGUUUGGGAAACUCCAUCCCUCCUUAGAAUGUACAUCAGUGCCACAACUGAGGGAGUGUGCAGUACAGAAGUAGCUCACUUUGAUAACCCACAUAUAUGUACUCAACAGUGUGUUUUCUACCUCCCAACAUCUCUCUCAGCAGGCCUCUCAGUACAUUGGAAUCAUUUAUACAUACUGAAAAUGGACAAAAAAGAGACGUGAUAGGGAUUACUGGAACAUUUCAGAUUUAUGCCAAGCUGAGGAAUUUAUCUGAGACUGACGUCAGCUGUAUGAUAAGAUGGUGAGGGAGAUGGAAAUCUAGCUAGGAAAGAUUCAGAAAAGGCCAGGAGCCAAGGCAUCUGCUCCUCUUCAUUUUCAGGAAACAUCAAGAAGUAGCUUGAGCCCCUUCAACCACUUGUUUCCUGCUUAGCAAUAUAUGGAAGUUUGAGGGCUGUGGAGAAGGCUCAGUCAGUCAAGUGCCUGCUGCCCAAGCAUGAGAACAUGAGUUUGGAUUCCCAGUAUCCACAUAAAACCCAUUGCAGCACACAUCCAUCACACACACACACACACACACACACACACACACACACACACAUAUAAAAUUCUGGAAGCAGAAAUUCAAAUAUGUUUCUUUUAUGUAAGUUUUUGUUCAGUUUAAAAGGAGUCAGUCAUAAUUUCAUUAUUAGAGAGAACAUCAGAAACCAGACCUUUUGGCCUAUGGUCAUUCUGUUACUUGUUCAUUUGGUUAAGGUUUUCUUCUGUAGUCACCCAAUAGCCUCCUAAGCUUGACAGAGCAGCUGUUAUUGAAACAUAGAAUUGCGAGGGUUCAGAGAAGCUGAAUUACUUGGCCAAGAUCUCAUACUCUGUCCCUACCAAUUUUUAGAGGCUAUCACAUCCCUUAAAUUUAGUUCUUUGGCAUCUACCUUAAUUUGAUUUUGCUAUUUCCUUGCUAAUUAAAGUAUCAUGCGCUAUCACAGUACUAAUGAAUACUUUAAUUAGAGUAUCAAAAUAUCACAGAGAAACAUUUGAGAUAUUCAGGUAAUAUGUUCCAAGGUAUUUAUCUACUACCAUAUAGAAACAUCUAAAACUGACAAUAUCUGUAAUUAUAUCAGAAUGAAAGAAAAAGUUUUACAGUGCAUACUCCCUAAAUUUUGGGUCCAGAUCUUUAUUAUAAAUAAUGACAGGUGCCUUAAUGUGAGGCUUAUUUAAAGUAACAGUAAGCAUAACUGUAUUUGGAAGAAGUCUUUAAAAAAUGGAUUUUUAAUACACUGUUAUAUUAUAUUCAGUAUUCUGUGCCCUUUUCAAUGUCUCCAGAUUGCACAUUUAUUUAUUAUGUUUAAUAUUUUGGUUCUUAGAUAUGAAAGAAUCAAGAAGUUGUAGAAUGUAUUUUUAAUAUUUCACAGGUAAAGAAAAAAUUGAGUUUAUAACUGUUUUCUCUUUCUUACAGCACAUGUAUUUAAAUCAUUGCUAUAAUAAAGUUAACUAUUAUUUAACGACGUAAAAACAUAGUUCUGUGAUAAACUGAACUUAUUGGAAGCAUUUUGUUGUAGCACAAAUCAUGGCUUGCAUGAACUUUGGGCGAGUUUAUUCUAGCACUGUUAGGUAGGACUGAGUUUCUGAGUUUCAGUAAUCAACAAUUAUUCUUACAAUGUAAGCUGCCCCAAGCCAUGUCUUGUUAUUUGAGCAUUUUACAGUUGUUUCACUUAAAAAUAUUCAGGUGAUUUGGCUUCUUUUUCCCCUUUAUUAUAUUUUAUUUUUCCUUCUUUGAGUUAACAUUUCACUAUAUGUUCUGGCCUGGCUUAUAACUUGUAUAUAUAGCCCAGGCUGACUUAAACUCAUGAUCCUCCUGCCUCAGCCUCCCAAGUACUGGGAUUACAGAUGCCACCAUGCUCAGCUGCCACUUUAUUUUUUGUGCAAGAAGAAAUGCAUUCAGAAAAAUGUAGCAGUUUACAUAUUAAAAAUAAUUUAAUAUUCAGAAUUUUACAUUUAAUAUACUCCUGUUACUCGCCCAGAAUCCCCUAGAAUCCCCAGAUUUACUUUGGACAAUGAAGCUAAGGGCUUAAUGUCACAAACUUCAUUGAUAAAGAAAGCUGCUGGUGGGCUGCAAGUCAGCCCUAAAAUCAAGUGUCAAGUUUUAAGCUAAUCAAGUGAAUUGGCAGCUAACUCAGACAGACCUAGACAAGAGACAGAGGCUGAACGUCUUUGUUCCUCACCACUUUCUUUAAAUGGUCGACUCCUUUGUAAACUGCUCUGGGUUUGAAGAAGAAUCUGAUAUUCCUGAAGAAAUGGGGGGAGGAUUUGUCCUUCAAAUUUGUGGCUUAAUUCUGUUAAAAAAA